UGUGGAUACUACGCACACUAUAUAUUAUAUAUAGUAUACACGCUAACUGGAGAAAGAGACGACAUUAGUUAGGAACCAACAAUUUAAGAUUUAAGUACAUAAAUAAUUAUGUCCAUAUUAUUGAUAACUCAAUAAUUGAUUGCAUCGGCAAAAUAUUAUUCACUAUUGUUAAAAAAAUGUGUUAUAAUUUUUUAUAAAUAUAUUUUGGUUCAAUUCAUAAUUUGAGUGCAAACUAAUACAGGUAUUUGUCAUUAAUAAUAAUAAUAAUGUCGGCUUUACAAAAAUCAGUUUUGAAAUCAAAACUUCCACCUUCUGGAAUAGAUUUUACUUCAUCAAAAUCAUGUAAAGCAAGAGCACUACAACGAAAGCGGGACUACGACCCCGUAGAAUGGACCCCCUUUUUUGAUGAAUCGAAAGAUGUUGUAAUUGGAGAGAAUACAUUUCAUAUUUAUACAAAAGGAAAUGAGGGACCAACUCUUGUAUUAUUGCACGGUGGUGGUUACAGUGCUCUAACUUGGGCAGAAUUUACUAAAUCUAUAACAUCGAUGAUAAUUUGCCGAGUAUUAGCGAUGGAUUUGCGAGGUCAUGGUGAUACUCACACAACAGAUGACGAAAAUUUAUCAGCAGAUACAUUAGCAAUGGAUGUUGCAGCUGUUAUAAAACAAGUAACAGAAAACAACCCAGUUAUAUUGGUUGGGCAUAGUAUGGGUGGUGCUGUAGCGGUUCGAGCAGCUGAACAUAUAGAAAACUUGGCUGGAUUAACUGUGAUCGAUGUGGUUGAAGGCACAGCUAUGGAUGCCUUGACAUCGAUGCAAAGUUUUCUGAGGUCAAGGCCAACUAGUUUUGGGUCAAUCUCACAAGCUAUCGAGUGGUGUGUACGGAGUGGGCAAAUACGGAACAUUGAAUCAGCUAAAGUAUCAGUUCCAGGGCAGAUAAAAAACAAUGAAACAAAUAAACUUGCAACUCACGAUAUUAAAGAAGCAUUGGCAUCAUCGGUUGCUCAUUCCACUGAAAAUUUAUCAGUUACAAUCGAACGCGAUGAUGUAAUACACGAAGAUGAAGUUGUUGGCGAUGAUCAUCAUGAUGAUCAUGGUGAAGAUGAUGAUGAAAAGAAACAUAAAUUACCCACGGCAACGAAAGAUUUUACAACGCAAAAUAAAAAGUAUAGUUGGAGAAUAAACUUAUCGAAAACUGAAAAUCACUGGAGCGGUUGGUUCAAAGGCUUGUCAACGGCAUUUUUAAAUGCUCCUGCUCCAAAAUUGUUGCUGUUAGCUGGAAUUGAUAGAUUAGAUCGUGAACUCACUGUAGGACAAAUGCAAGGUAAAUUUCAAAUGCAAGUGCUACCUGCUUGCGGACACGCAGUUCACGAAGACGUUCCAGAUAAAGUUGCCGAAGCGAUAGCAACGUUUAUGGUUCGAAAUAAAUUUGCCGAGCCAGCAUCAGAUUUCCAUCGUGUAUUUCCAGCAUAUUAAUCACUUACUGUAAUAAAUAUUUAAAUAUUUAUAAAUUUAUGGGCGUUUAUAUGCGUGUAAAUAUUAUACACAAAAGCCGAUGGGAUCUUUGAGAAUAACACAAGGUCCUGCUCUUCCAGUUCUGAGCGGCGAUACCUAAUAAAUAAUGACAAUAUUAAAAUCCCGUCAAUACUUAUCAUCAAUAAAAAUAAGCUAAGCAAAUAAAUUAAGAGCUAAGUAAUAAUAAUUAGAUAUUAAUGUAGCUUGAAAUAAUAUAAAGCUAAAGGUGUGUACCUGAUGCCAUUCAUUAAGAAUCGGAUCAUAAGUCUCGACAAGAGUGAGAUAUUGCUGUCCGUCGUAGCCUCCAACUGCAAAUAAUUGAUCACCCAGUAGACAGACACCGACGGCAUCGCGAGCAACACUCAUUGGAGCAACCAUCGUCCAAGUAUCAGUUUUAGGGUCAUACCUGCAACAGAUAAAGGCAUAUAUAGUUAAUUAAAAUAUCUGGAAUAUACAGGAAAUUACUAAAUAAAAAAUAUUGCACAUA